UUUGCAAAGAGUUUUGAAUUCUCUGUCAUUUUGUCACUUAUUCCUUUUUGUUGACAUUUGAUACAAAAUCAAUUUACAUAAUGUGGUUUUUGAUCAAAAAGGAUCAAAAAACUAAAAACUAGAUUCCUGUGAACUUAUUUCUAGAAUAACUUUUAAGAAUGGAAGCUGUACAUAGCAAAUACAAACAUAACCAAAAAAAGAAAAACAAGAAAUCCAAAGUGACACUUGAACACAGCACUCCGGAGAAAGAGAAGCUUCUCGGAGAAGUGUCUGACGUCACAGGCAGCCUGACCGAUCUGCAAAUAGCAGUAGAAGAGGGAGCAUCAUGUUCGCGGUCAGAAUGCGUCGACAAUGUGGAGAGUGAAAUCAGCGAGGCCUUCAAGGAUGUCGGCGACGCGGCGAAGAGUUCGGAAGAAGAAUCCAGUUGCCGAGAGGUUGUCGCCGAUGUGGGUUGGGUGGAGUCACCCGAUGUUGAGGACAGUCUAGCCGAGGAUGACAUACAGAGGUGCUUGCAGGAUAACAGGAGAAAAGAGAGGAAAAGAUAUACGGUGGAAACGGAACUUGACGAGAUGCAGGCCUUGAGUUUGUUGCAGGAUCGGGAGGAGGAUGAAGCCGACACCAAGUUCGAAACUUGUAAUAACUACUCGACAGAAGUGGAAAUCCAUGUCCCCGCCACGGUUGAACCCAACAUCGAGCCCGGAUGUGAAGCCCUACACAUCCCCAAUGUCGUCUAUGAAGUGAUCAACGAGCAACCCUCGGCCCCCGUCAUGGAAACAGUUCACUCCGUCAAUGUCCGACACCGAAAGGAGAUGAAAACCGAAACAAUAAACAGAUCCGACGAAACCCAUCUAACUCUUCUCCAGAACCUUUUCUGGGCCUGUCAAAAGGAAGACGAGGGACGAACCAAUGUGAGGCCCUUCACUGAAUCUCAGCUGUUAGCUCUGUAUCGGAACGAUGAGUUGAAAUGUAUGCAGAAUUGUGUGUCGGAGUUCCUUAGUACUGAACUGAGAGGGGAUACUGUUCUGUGUAGUAGACUGUAUGAUAUGCUGGUGAAAUAUUUGAGGGCUAGAGGCAAAUUGACUGUGAACAACUCGGAGUUGGAUAUCUUGAAGGCUGAGUGCAAGGAUUAUCAGCAUCAACUCUGGUCGUUUCAGUCUGUGACUGUUUCGGAGAGCGGGGAGUGCCAGGAUGGAAACCCAGUAUCCGCUUCACACGAGUUCAAAAUGUCCAAAUUCAACCAAACGGCUGCUUCAAAACUCUCUCACAGCCUCUCAGCAAUCAAGGAACUAGUCAACGAGUCUUAUUCUCUCAACGCAUACACAUGUGAAGCACUCAAACUGCAGAUCGACAGCUAUGUACAGACGUUAGUUUUGGAUUUCGCUUUUCUGCCACAGAAUGCACGCGUUAGUAUAGGGGAGGAGCCUCUGCCAGCCUAUGGAAGUCACACUGGACAAGAUUUGCGACAAGUUAUUGCUGAACUUAGGGUAGCAAUAUCUGUGUUGUUCGCUUUUCAGAGGAGGAGGAUUAAAGAUGAGGGGUUUGUGGUACAUACAAGGCAAUGGUUGACAAAGCUGGUAGCAGUGUUUCUAAGGGUUGCAACCUGGAGGGAUCAUUUGUACCUUUUGAAUCACGUCCUAAGAUGUCCCGCAGGUGUGGGGAAAUGGGGUGCACAGCUGAUACAACCUCCCCCACCACCUUACAACUGUACCUACAGCGGAAAACAUCUGGAUCACAUGGUGGCUACAGCUGCGGUACUUUUGAAACCGGUGGCAGAGCGGGAUCAGUUUUUAGCACAGUGGAAUGAUUCUACCAUAAUUGAAGGGGAAUCGUUGUGGGUGAUUGUUGAUUCCGAUGGAGAGGAUGAACAGGAGGACUUGGCGACCAAUGAUGUUGUCUCCCGUAACUCUCUGCGGGAAAGCGAUGUUGUCGACAUGUUUAACCAGAUCCCGUUCGAUGAUGUUUUCCGACAUGUUCUGGGGGUACAACAACGGGACAAUGUUGAUGUGCAUGACACGUCAACUCUGGACGAGGGUCAAGUGUUGAAAUUGUUCGCUUUUUCAACAGUUCUUGUCAACAUUCUUGAUACAGGGUUGACAACAUAUAAAGGAACCCGUUACAAACAGUUUUCGAAAAGAUUAGGACGUCUAGUGAGGCAUACAAUCCAGUACGCCACGGACCAGUUUCAGACUUUCUGGGGGGUUUGUGUGGAGAGUAGGAGGGAGCAGGAAAGGGACAUGGCAAUGCUGGAGAGGUUGCAAGUGGAAUAUGAUGAGCUGCUGUUCAGGGCUGUCAGGUGCCUGCAUAAUAGCCCGGGCAGAGUUGCCUGGCAAUUUCUGGCCGUAUUGCCUUUCUCGCAUGCCUCACUGAAGACCCUGUGGCAACUGUUUUUCUAUGUACUACAGUAUGAUGUCAAGCAACAAGAUGAUGGACGCUCAGAACCCCAGGAGAGUCUGUUCAUUUGGUUAACUGAACUCAUCGAUGCCGAAAUCUAUUAUCUACUUACAACCAUUUCGAAUAUGGCGCUGGCAAGGUCGAAGAAUGACUGGUCAUUCAUUGAAACUGCCACCAUUCAUUUACUGCAGAUUGGUUUCUUGAAUGAUACAACUCGCGAUGUUUGCUCAAAGUCUGCUAGGAUAAUGCUUACAAACCUCACCACCAAACAUCCAAUGCUCAUGUCUGUAAUCAUCGAUAAACUUAAGAAAUCAUCGUGUGGACCUAUGUGCAUCUACUUAAUCAAAGAACUGCCUGUCAACCUUUGGCGUCCUACCGACGUUGAUCUCACGAUAAUUGCUGAUUGGCUCCUGUAUUGUCCUCUGGCUUCACCUGAGAACUUACUCUCUCGCUACCUCAUUUCUCAUCUCAACUGGGGCUUCUGUACCACAAACGACCAGAUUGAGGAGCUAUUCUUGCCUUGGUCGAUGCACUGUCGUGUCGGACUUUUACUGGCUCGAGCUGCUGCUAUGUACUCAUCGGAGACGGCCCAAUCAGGAAGCGCCACUAUAGCUGAUAGUGUCAAACAGGUUUCGAAUUUGGCUAGCUCGAUGGUUCGUUCUCAAUCUAACGAGCAGGCAUUCACCGUGUGGCUAUGGCAAACCAUGCUCUGCCUCCAUUUGCACCUGUUGGACCAAUCAGAGGCCUUCGUCUGGACUGUCAUGGCCAAUCCGGUUCAAGCACUCUCGUCUCUACCAGAACUUGAAUCACAGUCUGAGGAAAUGGAACUUCUGCGAGGUCUAGUGAACCAACAGGAGGCACUGGCUUCUCUUGCCGCUCUACUGAUGACCACUGUGGGUCACAGUCUGCCCAUCAUCUGUGCCGAGGGGUUCACUCUGCUGCAACAGUUGCAGGCCUGCUAUCGGCACACGGCCGUCAUCUUCUGUCUGCAGCAUAUUGUGCCGCUAUUCCUCGACUAUCCGCAGUCGUUGAUAUCCAAUGAGAAAUUUCGCAGCCUCAUGAUAAAUCUGCUAUCAGCUGACCGGACUUACCUGAAGAUGGCGAAAAAUCUGAUAGCUCCUGAGUUUCCAGGAAUGGUUUUGAAACAGUUUGGCGACAUGAUCCAGUUUCAUUUAGAAAAUCAUCAUAGAUACAGUCUGCCAACUUGUGCCCCGUUGGCCCAACUGUGGCUGCAGGCUCUAUGCAGUGUGUGGGCUGACGAACCGGGUAGUGUUGUCUAUCUCAUGGAUAUUGUACUGGCUGUUGCAUUCUUCCGUUCUGAGCUCAAAGUCGCUUGCUCCGGAAUUCUUUCACAGCUACUUCAGCUUUCUUGUGAAGAACUGCAAAACUCAGAGACCGCAUCGCAGAACCGCAACUCAGCCGCGUCGGGAGGCCGAUUCUCCUCCCUGUUGAACUGGGUGUCGAGUGGAAACGCGGCAGCAGUCAGCCUCAUGCCGCGUGCGACCGCCUCGUGUGGGCAUGCCCCCUGGUUCGCCUACUUUGCACUGGAGGUCGAGGAGUACAACACGCAGACUGUCAACGGGCUGUGGCCGGCUGUUCUCAAAGAAUUAUCGGCUGCCACGGGCAAGGCCAGCAUAGACAAUGCUAUCAAGCGUGCCGCCAAUUCUCUGAAGAUCCAGCAGAUUCCUAGCUCCUCGCUGGCCAUAUACAGAUGGUCACAGCAGGCAUUGGACACUCCUGUCGAUCACCCUGUACUGCCUCUGUUGUGGCAAAAGUUCUUCACGCUCUACCUGGCUAGAGUGCCUACUGGACCAGAGUGUGUUGUGUUCCUUUUCUAUGCAAACAUUCCUGUAGUCUCGUCAUCACAUUGUCCAUGGUCAGAGGCGAGGCGUCCAGUCAUCUCUGGAUUCGCCGAUGACUGGACAGAAAAAACCGCAUCGCAGAACCGCAACUCAGCCGCGUCGGGAGGCCGACUCUCCUCGUUACUGAACUGGGUGUCAAGUGGAAACGCGGCAGCAGUCAGCCUGAUGCCGCGUGCGACCGCCUCGUGUGGGCAUGCCCCCUGGUUCGCCUACUUUGCACUGGAGGUCGAGGAGUACAACACGCAGACUGUCAACGGGCUGUGGCCGGCUGUUCUCAGAGAACUAUCGGCUGCCACGGGCAAGGCUAGCAUAGACAAUGCUAUCAAGCGUGCCGCCAAUUCUCUGAAGAUCCAGCAGAUUCCAAGCUCCUCACUGGCCAUAUACAGAUGGUCACAGCAGGCAUUGGACACUCCUGUCGAUCACCCUGUACUGCCGCUGUUGUGGCAAAAGUUCUUCACGCUCUACCUGGCUAGAGUGCCUACUGGACCUGAGGCCGUAGACAAGGGCAGUGUUGGUGAAGACUUCUUUGAAGGCAUGACCAAUCUCUCUUAUCAGAAACGAAUCAAGAAGAAAUUGAUGAGUUGCAUGCAAUACCAUCUGGAUAAAAUAGAGAAUGAUACUGAAGGAAAACUAACAUCUGAACAGAAGAACAAAUCACAGUUGCUCUCAAAGUUGUACAAAACUUUCAGUUUGUGGCUAGAGGAGCCAAGAUUGCAUGAACCCGGACUUUUUAUGCCUGCACUUCCGCCCCAAUACAAUCCCCUACUGUUGACAUCUGCCAUCUGUGGAGAUCAGAGCCCGUGGGUGGAGUAUGUGGACCACGACUUGCUCAUGAAAUACCAACAGGAAGCUCUCUCCCGCUGGUCCCAGGCACAAGGUCGUGCCUCAGCGCAACCAUCUUUCACCACUAGCAGCGGUUCAAUGCAGCAAAAUCGAUCGUAUGAUGCAACUGCGCCCCCUCCCCCGUUGAGAUUCGGCCCUCCAGUGGUGCCAAUUGUCACCAGACAGAUUCUCCUUCACAAAGGCGUCAUGCUUGAUUCGAUUCAGCCAUCAUUACAGUCGUAUGAUGCAACUGCGCCCCCUCCCCCGUUGAGAUUCGGCCCUCCAGUGGUGCCAAUUGUUACCAGACAGAUUCUCCUUCACAAAGGCGUCAUGCUCGAUUCUAUUCAGCCAUCUUUGGGUGUUCUACAGGAGUUUGCCAAAUCGUUCCUGCUGCGCGUCUCUGAACACAUGGCGCUUGACUGUUCGUUGAUGGAACUGCUUCCGACUCUGUUCCGUGACGUGGAGACGGAGGUGACUCUGCACGCCGCCUGCGACACGGCCGAACCGGGAACGAACCCACGGCGGUCGCACGCCAACGCCAGCUCGCUAGUGUGUGCCGGUCCUGCUGAAAUCAAAAUCAGGGUUCUUGAAGCGAGACUCAACGAAUGUGCCGAACAUCAAAUGCAAACUAAUAGGAUGGAAUUUGAUGGCGUACUCAGGCAUGCUCUGCAGCCUCCUCCGGCUCAGAUAUGUAGCUCUAGUGUCUUCAUUGAAAAUCUGUCUCAAGCUUUGGACCAUGAAGCAAACGAGCUGAGUCGUGUGGGAGACAUCGAACUGUUGACUAAAGUACGUGAAGUGGGCGUGUCACUCUUCUACAAUUUGACCAGCCUAUUCGCCGAUGAAUCAACCAGUCAUUAUCCUCCAAUCAAACAGUUGCUUACAACCUGCAUUGAAUCGCUGGGAAGGACGUUCAUCAGCUGUGAUGAAAGCGAGUGUGUUCAGCUGCUGAACACGGUUCUCCAGAAUCACCAGCUGACUGGUCUGCUAGCGCCCCAUUUCAACCCAUCCAUUGCCUCUCCUCCCACUUUCAUCCAGGCCUACUCCAAUCUGGUCACAGUUGCUAUGUCAGACAAGGCCAGCGAUCUCACCUUUGUACUACUUACGAAGAUUGAUUUACCCCGAUGGCUGCCGUCAAAGAAACCACGAUUGAGUGAUAGAACCGAGUUGAUUCAACUCUCUAUGAAAGCGUUAAGUACAACUGGGAAAACUCCGGCUGAAGAUAAGCUGAUGAUCCACGAAGUAUUCAGGAAACACCUGUGUCAACUGAUGAUGUUCGAUUUCCCGGAGCAUUACGGGGAAGUGAUCACGCUGACUCUGGAACAGAGCGAGACACAGUCCAUCGCGCCAGACGUGUGGUAUGAGUUGUUGGGAAGCCCUGUCCUGCUAUCGGUUCAGACCAAACAUGACCAUGGCUCAUAUGAAGGAAGCUCAAUUCAAGUGGCAACUGAUGAGCAUCUAUCUAUUCAUCAUCAUCAUCAUCAUCAGUGGCGCUACAACCCGCAACAGGUCUUGGCCUCCUCCAGUAUUCGCCUCCAUUCGUCUCUGUCUUCCGCCCUCGCUUUCCAACCUCUGGCUCCAAUCACUUGUGCGUCCUUGUCAACACCGUCCAUCCAGCGCAGUCUUGGCCUUCCUGGUCUUCGCCUCCCUUCCAUCCUGUACAGCAUGAGUCUCCUUGAUAAGUCCUACUGUCCAGUCCUCAGGCAUCCGCUCUGUCACCCACACCUUAUGGAUCACUUUUUGCAGUUGUUCAGCAAGGUGAUCUCCAGCAUCUUUCAGAAGUUCUGCUGGGAUUCCAUCUUCUCCUGGUGCCUUGUUUCUAUUCAACUUCUCCACUGCCAAUUGGACCUCCCGCACCGAUGGAGGGGGUUGUUCUGCCAGAUUCGAGAUACUGUUCUGCUACUUGGUAACCAUUUCAUGAAGGAGCGCCUGCAGUAUGGAUUGUACGGUCUCUACCCAAAGUACAGAGACUACAUAGAUCCGUUCUGCACAUUACUCGGUUUGGUUGGUCACGGUCUGAUCGCCAGUCGACUGUUGGCUGAUCGGGGUUCGCUUGGUGAUAAAUUGAGUGAACAGUUGUGGCCGCUUCUAGAGAGUCUAUUCUCGCCGUGGCUAAACCCGUACUUCACCCGCAACCUGUCCGAGCCAACGGCUGCUUGGAUCCAGCAACUGACCGACGACCGAUCCGUUUUGCCGCCCUGGAUUGUCACCGAUGUGGCGCACGCCAACAAAAUGGCCGCCAUGUUCACCGAGUGCAUACGAUUCAUGCUCGAUACCUUACCAGGCUGCACAAAUAUUUUAAGCUUUGUUUGGCAAUUUUAUGUGAUAAAAUAUGCUCAUGCGUCAGUCAAGGAACACAUUCUGAACUUGAUGCACAGUCGCCUGCUCACACUGCCUUGGAACCGGUUCAUGCCUUCGUUUCAGGAUAUCGAUCUUAUGCUAAGAGUUGUUGAUCAAUUCUUGCCCGAUUGUCACACAUUUUUGGGAGCGAUUUUCAUCGAAGUACAUUGGUACAACCUAGUCCAGCAUAUCACCGCCAACUGCUCGCCUCAGGCCGCUUCGAAAGCGCACAGUGCUCUUCUGCAUCUUCUAGUCAAACUUUCGAACGAACCUAACAUCAGACAGUCAGGCAAAGUGCUGCCCCUGCUGUUGGAGAGCCAGCAGUUUCAGUGGCACCUGAUUGAUGCGACCAGCUAUGAGUUGGUGGCCAAUUGGUUUGUCAUGAGCUAUGACCCACGUGUCGUACUCCAGCUCACCGAUGAGGAGUGGAACGGAAUCGAUAUGGCUGUACUCGAGUUACUUCAGGUAGCAGCCGGCCAUGUUGGAAAUGUCCCGCAAUACCAUCCGUCAACGCCGAAGAAACGGUUGAUAUUUGUGAGGGCCUCAGUCAAGCUACUGCUUUCGUGCCUCAGUCGAUACAAACACCUCAUCAUAUCCAGAAUAAGCGAGGUGAAAGCAACUGUGCGUCGAAUGGUCGAUAAGAUUGAAACAUGUUUCAUUUCAAGUCCCCCAGGACCGCAACGGGUGUGCGAGGCGGGACUGAUUUUGUCCGAAUUCUUGGUUCUGGUGAACCAAUCACCGAGCAGCACAGUGUCGGAGCUAGCAGUGUCGGCAACUGUUGACUGGCUGAGCUCGAGGGAUUGUUCCAGUGUGGUGGUGGCAGGACUGCUUCGCAUACUGGGGACCACGGUGCAAGAUGAACAGCACUUUGGCUCGUUAAUGGAGGCUGCACUUACCGCAUUCUUCAGACGGAGAGUUUCUGUGAGCGGCAGUACAACAAGCAAAGAGUGGUGGAGCACAGCGGCCUGUACUAUGCAACCUGUGGUGAGACAUGGGUACACGGCUCAAGGUCACAUCCUGAUCAGCAACGGCCAUCUGCUGACACUCUAUGCCAUUGUGCUGAAGAUGUACCACGCUGAUAUGGAGGUCAAAGAGCAGGCAGCCAUACUCAAUCAGCUGCUAGAGUGGAUCACUGCUAUCAAAAUAGAACCACAACUGGAGGCGAAAACUGUUCUCCUACUGCAAGAGGCGGUUCGACUGUGCUACGAACAGUGCAACCGUACUGAGGACACAGCGGCCGCAACUGCACAGUUAACAAAACUGGUUGGCUUACUCAACAAAAUUGCUGAACACAGGUCCGGGUCGUGGAGUCUAUUGGGUGCUAUAGGAAUACGUAAACAGCCUGCUAUUUCUAACAGAUUCCGCCUUAUCUGUCGGAUAGUAGCAGCCUAUUUACUGGCGCAGUUACCUGAAGUGAAAGGUGUGCCAGAGUCACCCCAGUUAAACUUCAGGCUAAAAGAGCACGCUCCGGGAUGUGUAUCAUUCACCAAUGGUGGCGAAAUAACACCGAACACCGAAGCUCUGAAGGCGGUCGCCCAUCUAGAAUCUCUCGUUCUGGAUAAGGACUACACCGACCUGAAGAACGUUUGCGAGGAGGCAAUUCUGCAAAUUCAGCAGCCUGAGAACUCGCUUCACAAUGCUCAAUCAGUCAUCAGUUCAAUUGCAUCCGAACUCUAUACGGACGCGUUUCUGCAUACUAAAUGAACUCGUCAUCUGACCGUGGUUUUGGUUUGAUCUCUUUUAAAUACUGUACCUAUUAUUCGUUGAAUAAUUAUAUCUGUUGAUAUUGUUGUAUGGUUAAUAAUUAUCCAAUGAAUUAUUUAAUUCAUUUAAUAAUUAUAUCUGUUGAUAUUGUUGUUCAUAUGAAUUUUAAGUUUACGUAUGUUAACCCUCAUUUCUUACAAAGAUUAGUCAUUAGUUCAAGCUAUCAUUAGUUACAUCGAUUUUUAAUUAGUUUGUAUCAGUAUAAUGUUUUCUGUAGGAAUAAUUUGAUUGCAUGGGAAGAGAUUUUGUAGUAUUUCUCCAUAAUUGAAAGAAUGAAGUCCGGUUGCAUAAAGGCCUUUUAAAUCUUAAUCAUGAUCAAAUCUUUCGAGAAAUCUUUAAAGAAGAAGGCUUCUCUGAUUGGUCCUCGUGUCAUUCUAUCAUGGUUAAGAUUUAACAGGCUUUUGUGCAACCGGAUCUAAGACUGAUGUUGUCAAUAAGACUAUAUUUGUUCAAAAUUGAUUUAAAUUACAGAACCAGGUUUCAUGGCAACACUCAUUCGUGGCAACUGAUCAGUUCAGCUGAAGAUGUGGCAGGUAAUUUCAUGAAACCUGGUUCUGUAAUUUAAAUCGAUUUUGAACAGAUAUAGUGGUAUUGAAAACAUCAACAUCUUAUACUUUCAAUUUUUCUUUUGGAUAUUAUCACUUUUUUCUAUACAUUUAGCUUCCCAAUAUUAGGAGCUGGUUUGAGUUUGAUGAAUAAUAUUUAUCAAUUUGACAAUUAAAAUAUUUGAACAUUUGAUGAAAUAUUUUUUAUUAUUACUAAACAAAGAUCCAAAUUUAUUGAUUAGCAUUUGAAUAAAUGCAAUUUCUCAUGCUUUGCCAAAUAUUUUAUCAAUUUGAACACUUAUGCAAAGACAGCAAUCUUAAUGAUUCAUUAAAUAGUUCAUAUUGAUCUAUCACCUAGCAGCUCGGAAUGGAAAGUUAAAUAGAAUAAAAUGUAUAGUAUCUUUUCUCUGGAUUUUUUAUAUCUUUAUUAGACUUAUUCGACUCUUUCAGAUUAUUUUUUGAAAGUACUCAAUAGUACAAAUUUGAACACUUCCUCAAAGACAUUAGUGGUUCAUUUAAUUGUUCAAAUUGAUUCAUCACCUAGCAGCUCGCAAUGAAAAGUUGAAUAGAAUAACAUAUAUAGUAUCUUUUCUCUGGAUUUUUUGUAUCUUUAUUAUACUUAUUCGACUCUUUCAGAUUAUUUUUUGAAAGUACUCAAUAGUACAAAUUUGAACACUUCCUCAAAGACAUUAGUGGUUCAUUUAAUUGUUCAAAUUGAUUCAUCACCUAGCAGCUCGCAAUGAAAAGUUGAAUAGAAUAACAUAUAUAGUAUCUUUUCUCUGGAUUUUUUGUAUCUUUAUUAGACUUAUUCGACUCUUUCAGAUUAUUUUUUGAAAGUACUCAAUAGUACAAAUUUGAACACUUCCUCAAAGACAUUAGUGGUUCAUUUAAUUGUUCAAAUUGAUUCAUCACCUAGCAGCUCGCAAUGAAAAGUUGAAUAGAAUAACAUAUAUAGUAUCUUUUCUCUGGAUUUUUUGUAUCUUUAUUAUACUUAUUCGACUCUUUCAGAUUAUUUUUUGAAAGUACUCAAUAGUACAAAUUUGAACAUUUUCUCAAAGACAUCAAUCUUAGUGGUUCAUUUAAUUGUUCAAAUUGAUUCAUCACCCAGCAGCUCGUAAUGGAAAGUUAAAUAGAAUAGAAUUUAUAGUAUCUUUUCUCUGGAUUUUUUAUCUUUAUUAGACUUAUUUGACUCUUUCAGAGUAUUUUUUGAAAGUACUCAAUGACUAUUGCAAUAACUAUCUUCGUUCGGAUGGGGGUUUGGAUUUCUUCACUCUAAUCAUAAGUAGAAAAUAAAUGUUCUUGUUUUUUCUAAGAUAGAUUUCCAGUUUUUUUUUAUAAUAGCUUUUAUUGAAAUGUUGAACUUUUUAUUUCCACUCUACGUUUACUACAGACUAAAAAGUAGACGAAUUACUUUUGAAAAUAAUGGAGCUUUAGUUGAAUUUGAAAUACUUAUUUCUUCAUAGAAAAAUAAAAAGUUAUCAUUCAAUUUAUUGAUUCCAGUGCAAUAGUAUUUAGGUGAAGUGUUCAGAAUCUAAUGCAUUCUUACUCACAUAAAUGGUGCUUUCUCACAAUUUUCAAAUUGUCAACUAAUUGCAUCCUCACAAAUCUAGAUCUAGACCUUACACAAGAGCAAUUAAAUUUUCAAAGAUUUUAGAAAAAUCAUCACUUAUUCUUCAUUAGUAUUUUUGUAGCUUCUUGGUGUCUAAACUGAUCUAUUAGAGCCACAUUAGUAGUAACUGAAAAUUACAUGAUUUAAUUCUAUAAUUGAGAUAGUUUUGCAUCACCUCAAAGCUUUAAAAAAUGUAUUGAGUAGUAGAAACACUUUUAAUAGUAUAGAUACUGACCUGUCUUUAAAGAGUAAGACAUGGGACACUAUUUUUAACAAGAUAACAAAUAACAGUUUUUACCAAAGAUAACAGUUGGUUGAGGAUUUUUAAAUUAUCUAUGAACACAGAUUAAUCAUCCUUGAUUUAGAUUUCAAUUAUAGCCUAUCACUCAUUCUUUACCUUUCACCUGGUGUUUUCCACAAUUUUGGUCAUUUGGUAUUUAGUUUUUUGACAGUAUUUUGAUAAAAAGUUGCAAUAUUUUUUCCAAGUUGCGUCUUAAAGACUGCAGGAGAGAGUGCAAGUCCUUUCCCAAUCUCACAUUAAUUAUACAUUAUAACAAUAAUUUAUAUUUAUAAAAUUAGGCCUACUUUCAUGGUUAUUAUUCAAGUGAAAGUCAGUUCCAAUCCCAAUUGAACUCUAAGGGCCGGUUUUCGAGCUCGGGAUUUAGCUAAGUUCUAGAAUUUAAACAGCUGGAGUCUAGAACUUGGUCAAAUCCCGAGCUCGGGAACGGGCAUACAUAAGGUUUCAACAGCCAAGAAUUAAUUUCAUUGUUUAUCUUGAUGGGUGAUAUUAUUGUGGAAAUUAGCUUAUAAAGUUUCAAUGUUCAAGUUUCAAUUUGUGUAAUAUUCACAUAUUUAGGGGACCACACCACGACCACCUAAAUUUCUAUAAAUUUAGAAGCAAUUAUACAAGCAAAUAUUAAAAGCAAAUAUACAAAACAAUUUGUAUAAAUCUAGGUGGUUAUGGCCACACUGAUGCAACUUGUUGCAAAAAUAAGCUAGAAAGCUUUAAAAUGCCUUGACUAGUCUGGUUCUUGAUUAUUUAUUUCAUAUACUUGAAUUAAUUGUACGAUUCUCUUUCAAUUCGUGUUUACAGACAUUUGAAAAUGGACCAUAUUUUGCCGAAGAGAGCCUUAAUAAUUCUUUCAAGGUUACUAAAAGAGAGGGGUAUUUAUGUAAGUUUUCUUUCUCAUUAUAUUUUUGUACUUAAUUUGCCA